AUGGAGGUAUUCGUUCGAGGUGUGCCUGAGCGAGCGACAGAGCGUCAGGUGUCUGCUUUCUUCCUGCCAAUCUUGACCAACCUAUCCAUCGAGAACUGGCAAUGCCAGAAGAAGGGCAGGAAGCCUUUUGCAACGUUGACCUUCCUCAGCUCUAAAGAUGGCCAAAGAUUCCUAAGUUGGUACGGACAAGCGAGGAUUGGCCUCGGUGGUGCCGACCGCAUGUUCCAGGGGAAGCUACUGCUCUGUACCCGGAGCAACAAGCCGGCGGAUCCUUUGGCCCUAAAGAGCCUAGAAAUGGAUGCAAAGGUCAGACAGACAAGGACAACAAAGCCUGCCAAGGACCAUACAGUCUCCUCCCUGGAGUGUUCUUCUGUAUCCUGCGGGCUCUGGGAGUAUAUCGACUCAAAUCUAGUCUUCACAUCCUACUUGGAAUGGCCGGUCCGCGGAAGCGUGAAGUUCGGUGCCAAGGUCGCGGUUAUAAGGAUGGAUACAGGCCAGAGCAUGGAUAUACCAUACUCCACUAUCCAGGCAAUCGCGACUGAGGGUCUACCCCAACCUGGCAUGACGCUCACUCUGACGGAGGCUCCACACUUUUCUCAACCCGUUGGUAAAGCUAACGGAACAACCACAGGAGACUUGAGUGAUGUGUUAAAGACCGUGCUGACUUUCAGCCCUCAAAGUGGCCCAAGCAAGGAGAGGCUCCCUGGACUGAACAUUGAACAUGAAAAGAUCGCGGGAAGCUGCCUAGUGUAUCGGAUUGGGCUCGUCAAUAGUACCUUGAACGAACACAUGGACGCUUUGAGUCACGCUCGUGGGAUACCACCAACCACCCGAUGUCAUACCCGUAUCCAUAGCCCGAAGGGGCAAUACGGAGCAGAAAUGAGUAGGCUGCGUCAGGCAUUAACAGAAGCAAACACCAGACUUCCAUUUGAGGUCAAAUUUCAGGUACAGAAACUUGCACAGAGUGGCUAUCUCUCGCCAAACAAAGUCUUAGCACUUCUGCCCGAGGUAGCAAGCUUGUGGAGCCGCUCUAACAUACGUGUCUGUGUCAACGCAAUACGAAGAUUGUUCCAGCAGCUCCCUUUUGCUGGUCCCAACACCGACGCUGUGGAGUUCCAACUCGAAGCCAUUACAUCUCUGUUGAAAGAGAACGAAGAACGGCUGAAGACGGGAGGCCUUUAUUUUAACGACCCAAAGCAAUCCAAGAAUGUAGCCAUCAUCCACAGGGUGACUGUCACUCCUGCCGGCACCUACCUGUAUGGUCCCGAGCCAGAAAGCAACAAUCGCGUUCUUCGAAAGUACCCUGAGCACCACGAUUACUUCAUUCGGGUUCAAUUCUGCGACGAAGAUGGCAUUCAAGUCCAAUAUCGUCCUGAUGUAUCAAAUGACCUCAUCUUCUAUAAGAGAUUCAACAAAAUCUUAGAUGAAGGUAUCAACAUAGGCGGAAGACAGUUCAAAUUCCUUGGAUUCUCCCACUCUUCUCUUCGCGCACAAUCCUGCUGGUUCAUGGCCCCAUUCUUUCACAACGGGCAACUUCUACAUGACCGCAUGCUUAUUGCAGGGUUGGGUGAUUUCUCGCGCAUCCGCUGCCCUGCAAAAUGUGCCGCCAGAAUCGGACAAGCCUUUUCCGAGACUCCAACCGCGGUAACCCUGGCUCCCGGAGUUGCUAAGGAAAUGAAAGACGUUGAACGUAACGGCCGAGUGUUUAGUGAUGGUGUUGGAACAGUAUCAAUGUCUGUUCUACAACAGGUAUGGGACGCCCUGCCCAGCACGAACCGAACAAAACCGUCUCUUUUACAGAUCCGGUACUCAGGUGCAAAGGGAAUGAUUGCACUAGACAGUCGUCUUGUACAUGACUCACUCUUCUUGCGUAAGUCGAUGAUCAAGUUCCCUGGAUCCGACUCAACCGACGUCGAGAUAUGUGGCGCAGCAUAUAAGCCGCUUCCAUUGUUCCUCAACCAACAGUCUAUCAAAAUCCUCGAAGACAUGGGAGUGAAAGACGACUUUUUCCUCUAUCAUCAAGCAAGGGAAGUUGAGCGGCUGCGUUCGACUACUUCCAGUUCCACAAACGCCUCAAAAUUUCUCAAGGCACAGGCGGUGGGGGAAAUCAUUCAUCUACCGUGGUUCAUUAACAAACUUCGCAGCUUGAAUCUCUCGUUUCAAGCAGACAAAUUUCUACGAGAGGUCAUCGAAUUCACCGUUCUCAUCGAACUCCGUGCAUUAAAAUACAAGGCCAGGAUUCCCGUCAAAGACGGAUAUACACUUUAUGGCAUCAUGGACGAAACUGGAAUCAUUGAGGAAGGUCAAAUCUUCUGUAUCGUUGAGUCUGAUGGAAAGCCGAGGGUCAUAACUGGCAAAGAUCUGAUGAUCACCCGUGCCCCAGCGCUUCAUCCAGGUGAUAUCCAGCUGGUGACGGCUGUUGCCGUACCGAACAAUUCGCCAUUGAUGAAGCUUCGUAAUUGCAUAUGUUUCAGUCAAAAGGGUCCACGGGACCUCCCUAGCCAGCUGAGCGGUGGGGAUCUAGACGGUGAUCUCUAUCAAAUCAUACUUGACCCCAAGGCGCGACCGACGAAGGUAUUCACACCCGCCGAUUAUCCUGCACAAGCACCUGUCGAUCUUGGCCGCCAAGUUGUACGCAAGGAUAUGACGGACUUCUUCGUGACGUUCAUGGCCACUGACCAGCUGGGUCGAAUUGCUACCUUACACAAAGUUCUUGCGGAUCAAAAGCAGGCAGGCGUGUCAGAUCCCGACUGCCAGCUGUUGGCUGCGAUGCACUCAACAGCGGUCGACUUCUCCAAGAGUGGUAUACCGGUUGAUAUGAAAAAAAUGCCACGGUAUAACAGUUAUCGCCCCGACUUUAUGGCACCUGGUCCGCAUAUUGCUGUACAGAAGGAUAAGCCGCUCUCGUUUGAUGCUCGACCUGAGACGAAUGAUGGAGACGACGAUGACUUCCAACCAUACAAAUACUACGAGAGUGAUAAAAUCCUAGGAAAAUUAUACCGCGCCAUCGAUGAACAGGAGGUUUUCAACAGCGUGCAGCAACAAGCACCGCUACAUGUAAUCGAGGUGGGUAGAACUAGGGGCUCGGUCAGUCCUGUGUUGAAGGGCAUUCGGACCUAUCUCCAGCGUCGAUGUCAAGCAGUCCAAUGGAAGCACCACCUCGAGCGGGCUCGAGGAAUCCGCGAUGAGUACGAAGACUGCCUUCUGAACAUCGCCUCUGAGUAUAGUUCCCAACCUUCCCGCCCCCUCAGCGAGCUUGAAGUCUUCGUGGGCAAUAUCCUUGGCAAAACCGGCGCACAAAGUAAGAAACAGCACGAGCUUUCCAUCAGCAUGAAAGAGCGUUUCAACGACGACCUCGGGUACAUUGUCAAUUGCAUCGCGAAGGAUGGCAAUGAGAGAAGCGAGGAGAGCCUGGCGAGGAGUAUAGCUUGUUUUGAGGUAGGGUUGGAAGCCGAGAAGAAGGGUUUGAGGGCGGGUGGGGAGUUUGUUAGUUUCAAGUAUGUGGCUGCGGCGGUGUGCAUGAGGGAGGUGGAUAAGGUGUUGGGAUAG